AGGCUGGCUGCGACCUCGGUAAUAUGAAGUACCAGCUGUAAUUCAUUAUGAUGCCGUGUCUUACUAAACCCAAGUAUUUAAUUCUUUUACCUGGUAUUUAGGGGUCUCUUCACUCCACCAUUGGGCAUAUUUCCGUGUGUGAUGGUUACAUAUAGCCGGCUACCAUUUUUGACGUACGAAGUAGUAACGAACUGCAACCACCAUUUGUCCAGGAUACGACAUCAAUCUCAUUAAAUUGAAAUAUACCGGUUAUACACUUUGGUUGGGAUUGUCUCGCCUAAUUAACCAUGUCGGGAGCGGCCUCGCGCUUGAAAAAUAUCCUCGGACACCUCAGCGGCACGAGCAGCAAGUCGCCAGCUGGAUUCGACCACACCCACCAUCUGCACCAUUUGUCGCCGACCUUCUUCCUCGAGCGUGCAGCUGCCAUUGAGCCUGACGCUGAGGCCAUCUACCACAUCACAGCCAAUGGAAUCAUCCUGCGACGCUCGUACCGCGAGUUUGCGGACCGCGCGCGGGGCUUGGCGUAUUACUUGCGCAAGCACGGCCUGAAACGCGUCGGCGUGCUCGCCUCAAAUACACCGGCUUUCCUGGAAUCCAUCUUUGGGAUUGUUGCGGCAGGAGGCGUCCUAGUGCCUGUGAAUUAUAGACUAAAGUCAGAGGACGUUUCUUACAUCUUCGAUUUCGCCGAGGUGGACUCUAUCAUCGUCGACCAAGAGUACUUGCCACUUCUCGACGAUUUCAAAAGGACACAUCCCAAUGUCCGCUUCAUCAUUGAUCUUGAUACGGAAGCAACAGAAGGUCCUGAUGCGGGGCAAUUUGAUCAAGCAGUUAUAGAGGGUCUGCAAUAUGAGGACAGUCAGAAGAUCCAGGGCUGGGCAGGCCUUCCAGAAUGUACGGGAGAGGACGACAUGGUUGCGAUCCCUUUCACGUCGGGAACGACCUCGCGACCGAAAGGCUGUGUCUAUACUCAUAGAGGCGCAUAUCUGGCUUCAAUCGGCAACGUCAUCGAAUCCGGCUUGAAUUACCAUCAGGGGAGGUGUAAAUAUCUGUGGACACUCCCAAUGUUCCAUGCUGUAGGAUGGACAUUCCCGUGGGCAGUAACAGCCGUCAGAGGCACACAUUAUUGCCUAAGGAAAAUCGACUACCCGUUAAUAUGGAAGCUGCUGAAAGAACAUGGAAUUACACAUUUCAACGCCGCGCCGACUGUCAACACCUUGCUCUGCGCAUCGCCCGAAGCCGAGAGGUUACCCAAUCCAGUUCGCGUGACUGUGGCGGCAAGUCCGCCAACUGGUCAUCUCUUCGAGCAAAUGAUGAACCUAAACCUAAACCCGGUCCACGUCUACGGCAUGACGGAGACAUACGGCCCCAUCACCAAGGGGUACCACAUGCCCGCCUGGGACACCCUCCCACCAGCGGAGCGCUACGCGCAAAUGGCGCGGCAAGGCCACGGCUUCGUCACGAGCCUGCCCAUCCGCGUCGUCAAGCCCGAGCCCGCGGAGCGGGGCGUCCUCAUCGACGUCGCGCCCGACGGCAAGGAGCUCGGCGAGAUCGUCUUCUACGGCAACAUCUGCGCCAAGGGCUACUACAAGGACCCCGAAGCCACGAGGAAGCUCUUCGCGGGCGGCGCGCUGCACUCAGGGGAUCUGGCCGUCAUGCAUCCUGACGGAAGUGUGCAGAUCCAGGACCGGGCCAAGGAUAUCAUUAUCAGCGGCGGCGAAAACAUCAGCUCAGUAGCCCUCGAGAGCAUGCUCGUGCAGCACCCCGACGUGCUAGAAGCAGGCGUAAUCGGCGUCCCGGACGAGCAAUGGGGCGAGCGCGUCAAGGCGUAUCUCACAGUGAAGGCCAACAGCGCCGUCACGCCGACGCCCGAGGCCGUCAUUGACUGGGCCAAGAACCACAGCGGUAUCUCGCGGUUCAUGGUGCCCCGGGAAGUCGAGGUCGUGGCCGAGCUGCCGAAGACGAGCACGGGGAAGAUCCAGAAGAACGUCUUGCGGGAGUGGGCGAAGAAAGGGAGGAAGGCUUGAUUGAUUGGUUGGUUGACGGGGGGGAUAGAGGCGUGGAUGAGAAGGGGAAGUUAGUUGACGCGAGCUGCAUUAGGAAGCGACUCGGGAGGUUGUAUACCAUGGAUCUUGGACAGCGAUGCAGUGGAGGAUAUACAAGAUAGAACGAGCUACUAGAGCAGAGAAUUAGGUGAGGAUGUUGUUUGUGGGAACAGAGGAGAUUUACGAAUAGUAUAUACUAUAAGCGGAGGACGACGCGUAGAUAUAUUCAUUCGAGAAGUCACAUAUGCUCGAAAAAAAAACAAGAGUCCAAAAGUCUCGCGGGUUGUAGCUUAG